AUGCGGCUGGGCCGCCGGGCCCUCGGUGUGCUCGUCCUGCUGCUCGCCUGCGCCUCGCUGGGGCUCCUGUACGCGAGCACCCGGGGCGCGCCGGGCCUCCGGGCACCUCUUGCGCUGUGGACCCCCCUACAGGGCAACCCCAGGCCGGAACUGCUAGGUCUUGCCCCUGAGCCCAGAUACGCACACAUCCCGGUCAGGCUCAAGGAGCAAGUGGUGGGGCUGCUGUCUGCAAACAAUUGCAGUUGUGAGUCCAGUGAGGGACGCCUCCACCUCCCCUUCCAGAGGCAGGUCCAAGCCUUUGACUUCACCAAGGCCUUUGACCCUGAGGAGCUGAGCACUGUGUCUGCCUCGAGGGAGCAGGAGUUCCAGGCCUUCCUUUCAAGGAGCCAGUCUGCUGCUGACCAGCUGCUCAUCGCCCCUGCCAACUCCCCGCUACAGUACCCCCUGCAGGGUGUGGAGGUCCAGCCCCUCAGAAGUAUCUUGGUACCAGGACUGGGCCUGCAAGCCACUUCUGGUCAGGAGGUAUACCAGGUGAACCUGACUGCCUCCUUGGGCACCUGGGAUGUAGCAGGGGAAGUAACUGGAGUGACUCUCACCGGAGAAGGGCAGCCAGAUCUCACCCUCACCAGCCCAGGGCUGGACCAACUCAAUCGGCAGCUGCAACUGGUCACUUAUAGCAGCCGAAGCUACCAGGCAAAUACAGCAGACACAGUCCGGUUCGCCACUGAGGGACACGAAGCUGCCUUCACCAUCCGCAUAAGACACCCACCCAACCCUCGGCUGUACCCACCUGGGUCUGUACCCCAGGGAGCCCAGUACAACAUCAGCGCUCUGGUCACCAUUGCCACUAAGACCUUCCUUCGUUACAAUCGGUUACGGGCACUCAUCGCCAGCAUCCGCCGCUUCUACCCAACGGUCACAGUGGUAAUUGCCGAUGACAGCGACAAGCCAGAGAGCAUUAGAGGUCCCCACAUCGAGCACUAUCUCAUGCCUUUUGGAAAGGGCUGGUUCGCAGGCCGGAACCUGGCCAUAUCCCAAGUAACCACCAAGUACGUGCUGUGGGUGGACGAUGACUUCGUCUUCACGGCGCGGACUCGACUAGAGAGGCUUGUGGACGUGUUGGAGCGGACGCCGCUGGACCUGGUGGGGGGCGCGGUGCGCGAAAUCUCCGGCUUCGCCACCACCUACCGGCAGCUGCUGAGCGUGGAGCCUGGCGCGCCAGGCCGCGGGAACUGCCUCCGGCAGAAGCGCGGCUUCCACCACGAGCUCGUCGGCUUCCCGGGGUGCGUGGUCACCGACGGCGUGGUCAACUUCUUCCUGGCGCGCACUGACAAGGUGCGCGAGGUCGGCUUUGACCCGCGCCUCAGCCGCGUGGCGCACCUGGAAUUCUUCCUGGAUGGACUUGGUUCUCUUCAAGUGGGCUCCUGCUCAGACGUCGUUGUGGAUCAUGCAUCCAAGUUGAAGUUGCCUUGGACCUCAAGGGAUGCGAAGGCAGAGACUUAUGCUCGGUACCGUUACCCGGGAUCACUGGACGAGAGUCAGGUGGCCAAACAUCGUCUGCUCUUCUUCAAACACCGGCUCCAGUGCAUGACCUCAGAGUGAUGGCCACUUGGGGCCUUUCAGUUGUCAGACUGGGCCUGCCUCCUUGUCCCUGCCAGGAAUUCCUAGCA